UUCCUUCACGUUUGGAGCCCCAUCACCUAUUCCUCCAGCCGCUAAACUUAGUAAAAACCUGUCAAUAGAAGUAAUUCUCUCAAAAUUAAACAUAUAUAAGAUAACAACGGCAGGUCCCAGGUAGCGUAAGAUCGCAAUUCAUAGCCCACCACCUACCUUAAAUUUGGACAACACCAUCCAAAAAUCAGGAAAGGGGAGAUCUUUGCGUUUAUAUUUUGUGAUUUCAUAUUGUAGAGGGAGAGCUAGAGAGGGAAUAAUAUGUGGGAAUCGAUCUGUUUAACGUUGGCGGCUGCCGCAGGCAAUAACAUCGGCAAGGUUCUUCAGAAAAAAGGCACCAUCAUUCUGCCUCCUCUUUCUUUCAAGCUCAAGGUGAUUAGGGCAUAUGCUGUUAAUAAAGCUUGGGUCAUAGGUUUCCUGAUGGAUAUAAGUGGAGCAAUGUUAAUGUUGAGGGCAUUAUCACAAGCUCCUGUGUCUGUUAUCCAACCAGUUUCUGGAUGUGGUCUUGCGAUCCUUUCUGUCUUCUCCCAUUUUUACCUAAAAGAAGUCAUGAAUGUAAUUGAUUGGAUUGGAAUAACUCUGGCAGCUAUUGGCACCAUAGGAGUUGGUGCUGGAGGUGAGGAGCAGGAGGCUUCUUCCGUAUCUGUUUUCCAGUUACCAUAUCUGGCAUUUAUUGUUGCCAUCUUGUUUGUAGUCCUUAAUGGAUGGCUUCGUGUCUGCAAAUGUCAACGAAGAGAACAGGAGACGAUGGAAUAUGAAGUUAUUGAAGAAAUUAUAUAUGGCUUGGAAUCUGGCAUUUUAUUUGGGAUGGCCUCGGUGAUAUCAAAGAUGGGAUUUGUUUUCUUGGAGCAGGGUUUCCCAAGGAUGUUGAUUCCCAUAUGCAUCUCAAUCAGUAUAUGCUGCAGUGGAACAGGAUUUUAUUACCAGACUCGUGGUCUAAAGCAUGGAAGGGCAAUUGUGGUGUCUACAUGUGCUGCUGUAGCAUCCAUAGUGACUGGUGUGCUUUCUGGAAUGCUGGCGUUGGGAGAACGAUUGCCUUCAGCACCAACUGCCCGCCUUUCACUUCUGCUGGGAUGGCUACUCAUCAUGGUAGGUGUUAUCUUACUGGUGAGUUCAACCCGGUUACUGCGACACCUUCCACGGCCAUUGCGACACUGGAUGAGAAGCAAUGUUGAUCGGAGUUUUAGUCUGGGCCGAUCAGGGUCUCUGCGGGUUAAGGAUUCAAAUCCAAGUGCUGUGAUCCAGGCAGCAACAUUGCAUCAUUUGAUAGCUACUCCAGCUAAAGAGAAAGCCUAAAUUUGCUAGCAAUGCUUAGAAAUAUUAGCAUUUGCAUUGAUUAACGUGCUUUCUCGACUCUGCGGUGUGUUGUUGAUGUUGAGGCUUGUGUGUACAGUGUACCUUAUUAGAUUUCCUUUGGAGGGCAUGAAAUUUUGGAGAUCAUUCUCUCCCAGACAAAUGUUACUUAAAUUCUCAAGUAGAAAUACUUUGUACCCAUUUCAAGUUAGACACUUAGAAUGCUGAUAAGAUGUAAACUAUUAGUAUUUCCCACUCUAUGAUUAUGAUGUUGAUAUGAUUACAUACAUCUAUAUACUGCUUUCUGC